AUGGGUGCCAAUCUGGACUUAUCGCUAACCGCUGAUCUACCAAAUCAAAAUACGCUCAUAGUGUUGCUCACUGAGAUGAUGAAUUUCCAAAAUGGACUCAUUGCACGUCUUCAAGAAGUGGAUGGAUAUUAUUCAUCUCAACUGAUAUCAAAAAUUAAUAAUACAAUGGAUAAAAUGCAUGAAUAUUCUCGACGUCUUCAAAUGCUAUAUCGUAACAUUUUGGAAUUAACGAAACGAGUACGACUGAUGGUAUCACGAGUGCAAGCACUAAAGGAAGACUGA